UGCGCGAGAGCAGUUCUACGACCGAGUUGUCUCGCUUACUGUUGCGUUGAGUUUUGAGCGGCGCUCGUAGUGAGUUGUGAGCGGCUACAAAAUGGGCAAGAUUCAUCAACUGCACACGGCUGUAUCAUGUUCGCUAUCUUCAAUCCUGACAGGUUCGUUGUACGUAUGGCCUUCGUACACCAUAGGCCUGUAUACAGCAAACGACACCAAACUACUAGUGACACCAAUGGCUGACACGGAGAGUUCUCUGUUGGGCAGUCUGCCAUCUCUUGGAGCUAUGCUGGGAACUGCGAUAGUAGGGCUCGUGAUAAGUAACUUGGGAAGACAGAAGGGGGGUAUGCUACUGGCUCUGCCGUUUGUGCUGUCGUGGCUCAUCAUCGAUAUGUCUUCAUCAUCACUCAUGAUCCUAAUCGCGAGGUUUAUCGGAGGUAUCGGGUGCGGCGCGGUACUGGUCUAUGCACCUAUGUUUAUAUCAGAAGUGGCGGAGGAGUCUAUCAGGGGGAGGCUCGCAUCAGUGCCAAUGGCUUGUUACUGCAUGGGUCUCCAAAUGUCGUACAUCCUGGGCUGGUGCCUCUCCUACCGGUACAUCCUGUGGGUCAACUUGGCGCUCAGCAUCCUCAACCUGGCCUUGCUCAUGACUGUCACCGAGAGCCCCGUCUUCUUGAUGCGACAGAAUAGAGAAGAGGAUGCCAAAAUGUCAAUAGCUCACUACAGAGGCGAGUCUCCAGGGUCUAAAGUGGUGCUGGAGGAGGUGUCUCGGCUCAAACAGCUGCUGACGCCUGCCGUAGAACUUGUACCAUUAAAUACUGAGAACACUAAGGCAGAGGAAGCAGAGAAAGAAAAACUGAACGUGGAGGAAGACACACCGCACAUACAAACCAAACCCUCAGCGAUAAAGUUGCUGUAUCGAUCACCGUCAUCUCGUCGUGGUUUUACUGUAGUCGGCUUGUUGUUGUCUCUACAAGUGAUGAUGGGUCUGGUGGCAGUGCAGGUGUACGCUAAGCAGAUCUUCUCGCAGGCGGCGCCCUCGCUCUCCUCACAUCUCUGCUCCGUCAUCUUCGCCAUGGUCAUCCUGCUCGGCAGCAUCUUCAGUCUCGUCGCUACUGACAAGUUCGGCAGAAAGAUCCUGAUAAUAAUAUCAUCAUCGAGUGUGGCGCUGUGUCUGUGUGUGAUGGGCGCGUUCCUGCAGACGGGGGUGGUGCCAGCCUGGGUACCUGCGCUGCUCAUCCUCGUCUACUGCUUCUUCUUCAUGUCCGGAGCCGGCAGCGUCCCCUACGUACUGUUGUCUGAGUGCUUCGUACCUGAUGUACAAAGUCUAGCCUCGACUCUUCUAAUGGAGUGGGUGUGGCUUCUCAACUUCUUCAUCGUGGCCAUAUUUCCCUUCCUCAUCAAGUAUUUCGGCAUUCAUGGCUCCUUCUACGUGUUCGCGAUCUUCGCCACUUUUAAUAGCUUAGUCGGAAUAUUUCUACUUCCUGAAACUAAAGGUCUAACAAACGAUCAAAUACAAGAAGCUCUGAUGAGGCGAAAGAAAUAA